ACGGCCCGUGUGCGACGCGCAAGAUGGCUGCCCCCAGGGCGCAAUAAGGCCGCGCCGGUCCGCCGCCCGGGGGCCGAGCCGGGCCGAGCAGCGGCGCGGGGCGGGAUGUGGGGGGCCCUGCUGCGGCGCUGGGGCCGCGGCGGAGGCCGGCGGGGUCUCUCGGGGGGCGGCCCGCCUUCGGCCGCGCCCUGGAGCCAGGUGGUGUCGGAAGCCGAGAAGAUCGUGGGGUACCCGACGUCCUUCAUGAGCCUGCGGUGCCUGCUGAGCGACGAGCUCAGCAACAUCGCCAUGCAGGUCCGCAAGCUGGUGGGCACCAAGCACCCGCUGCUCGACACCGCCCGGGGUUUUGUGUAUGAUAGUCGAAAUAAUUUACAGAUGCGAGGUUUGGUCGUAUUGCUUAUUUCCAAAGCUGCUGGACCCAGCACAGCAGAGCUCUCUUUCCAGCACAACAUGGUCAGCGGGAUUUAUUCCAGUCAAAGAAGUCUUGCAGAGAUUACGGAACUGAUCCACACUGCCUUUCUGGUGCAUCGUGGCAUAGUGAACAUUGGUGAGCUCAAGUCCUGUGAUGGUCCGCUGAAAGAUAUGCAAUUUGGGAAUAAAAUGGCUGUUCUGAGUGGAGAUUUUCUGCUAGCAAAUGCUUGCACAAGCCUUGCUCAGUUACAGAAUACCAAGGUUGUGGAACUCAUAUCAAGUGCCAUUGGUGAUUUAGUUCAAGGUAUCUACUAUGAAAAUUCAAGAUCAUCUGAGAACUGUCUUACAGAUGACAUUGGAAUAUCUACGUGGAAAAAACAGGUUUUCCUGUCACAUAGUGCCUUGCUGGCAAAGAGCUGCCAGGCUGCAAUGGAACUAGCAAAGCAUAGCGCUGAGAUGCAGGAUAUGGCAUUUCGGUAUGGGAAGCACAUGUCCAUGAGUCAUAAGCUGCAUUCAGACCUUCAGCCAUUUGUUAAAGAAAGUUCUAGUGAUGCCAUGGCCUUCAGUUUGAAUUGUGCUCCUGCAGUCCUUCAUCAGGAAUUCCUUGGAAGGGAUGCAUGGAUUAAACAGAUCAGAGAGGCACAGGGAAAAGGAAAUUUGAUGGACUACAAGAAGCUGCAAGAAGCGAUCAAGGCUGGCAAAGGUGUGACUUCUGCCAUCGACCUGUGCCGUUGCCAUGGAAACCGCGCACUGGCAGCCCUGGAGAGCUUCCCUCCCUCCGAGGCCAGAGCUGCCCUGGCCAACAUUGUCCAUGCUGUGACCCGGUUCUCCUGAGGCCUUCGCGGGAGCCGCCCGGUGCCCAUCAGCAAGGACCCGCCUGGCCUCCCGCCGUGACAGGCAAAAUUCAGGGAAGGGGGAGAAAAAGGAAGAGAAAGGGAAAAAAAAAAAAGAAAAAAAAAAGGUCACACAUUCACUUGUCGUGCCAGAAGCGCACUUGAGGCUGCACCGGCAGAAAUAAUUAAUGAGGCCCGUUUCCGUGACCUCAGCAAAUGGACAGGAAAUAAGUGCGUAUUGAUUGGGCACCGGCGGGGACGGCGCCAGGGCGGAGGCCGGUGGUUUUCCUGCCCAGGGAGGGCGUGCGGAGGGAGCGGGUGUCACACGAAACAGCCCCCAGAGCCAGCGGGCACCCCAUCUUCGGCUGGAGGGCAGGGAAUUAACAGGGGAAAGUCCUUUAUCUGUCUGCGUGGCCCGUGGCUCCUCGCGCUCUUUUCACGCAUUGAAAUGUAAAGUUGCCCUGUGUCUAAUGCUUUCCCUAUCUGAGAAACUUGCUGAGAAAAUGUGUCAAGCAUGGUAAGUAGGAGCUUUAAGAUAUUUAAUCAAAUAUUAAUUUGGCUCUGCUGAGGGAAGUGGCUGCCUGGUUUUUGUACUGCGCAUACAGAAUAUGCUUCUCCGGGUCAAAGGAUUGAAGAAAUUGAGGGAAUAUCCUUCUCUAAGAUCGAGCACUUUGUUUCUGCGCAGCCUGACAUGGAAUAAUUUCCUGGAUUUGUGAUGUUUGUAUUCAUUUCAGCCAAAUAAAUGUUAAUUUGUAAGGCUAGAUGUCAGCCUUGGGCAGAAGGGGACGAGGAAUAUUCUUCUGUGGGCACAGUCUUUCGUGGCUCUGAACAGAAUGGAGAAAACAUCGGAGAAGUUCUGAAUCUCAGUGCUCUGAAUUUUCAAGUCCAACUACAGAAAGCUUGAGGUGUAUCAGGAGCCUGCAAUGUGAGACUGUCUCUAUUUUGUUCAUAGGAGAUGAUUUUUGUGGUUUGCAUGCAUGCAAUCUGAGAACGUCGUUGACAAGAAGGCUGAGUUUACAUAAAUGAUCUAGAUUGAGACUCAGCUACCUUUCUUCCUUCUGUGGUGUAAUUACAGCCCGAUCUGGAGACAGCUAGCACAGCAAACAGAUUUCAUUACAUCGUUCACUCAAACACUAAGUGGAGUUAUUUCUGUUAAAUUCUCUCCUCCCUCCUUCUCCCCCUGCACUCCUCCCCACUCUGUCACACAGCUUAUUUAUCAUAGACCAGCGUGUUGCAUUCCACCGAGUGCAAAAUACAAACACAAACUGCAUCCUCUAAAAACAUACUGAAAAUGUAUCCUGCAUAAUGUACAUAAUACUCCGUGUAAUAUAUGUCUAUAUUAUACUGUAAUAUUGCAUGUAUAAUAAGGACGCUUGAGACAAUCUUUGUACAGGAGCAGUGCCCAACACUCAGGAUUUGUUUUAUUUUGGAGAAUGUCUUCAGCAUGAGACCGCUUCUUGCUUGCACUGUUUUCCAUGCCUGCCCUGGCAUUUUCUGUUUUCCCAAGCCCAGGGCACUUCUGCCCAUGUUGAUGCUGCUGCAGGAAGGUUGGAGGCUGCAGAAAAGCGCACAGGUGAUGCACAGGUGAUGGCACUGUGGGCAUCUGCCUUAGAACUUCAGGGAAUUUCACAGGUGAAAAUGUACAGUGGUUAGCUAAUGUAGGCACUGCGCUUGGAAGUAAAUAUUUAAAUCAACCCCAGUCAUAUUUCAGACAGCUUUUCUGGACCUGAUUUGAACAUGUUACAUAUAGAAGGAGCCACACCUUGUCUUUAUCUUGCAUCUACGCUAAGCGCUUCAAAAUGACUAAAGGCUGCAAGAAACUUGGGUCUGCUGGAGAUAUUCUGAGCCAUCUUACCUCGGUUAUAUGAAGAAAAAAACAUGCAAAACAACUGUGUACACCUGGUUUAUUUUUUCAUGAAAGUACAUCUUUUUUAUUUGUACGUUUUACUAAUAAAGGCAAAUCAACAAAAA